UAAAUAUUUUAUAAAUAUUUUGUGCUGUCUGGGUAUAUAUGAUUUAUCCUUUUAAUUUACAAAUUACAAAAUUAUCUUGUAAAUUACAAAUCCGGAUGCUACUUUUAUAUGUCCAUUGAACGUCCAUCGAAUAUUCUGUGAACAUGUCGAGGACUUCAGCAUGUCCUCCAAUUUCAUACGGAUAUCCCACAAACGUCCAUUGAAUGAAGGACGUAAAAUGGAUGGCUUAUGGAUAUCCCCAAUAUCCUUAAAGGACAUUUUAUGGGUAUCCAUAGGAUAUCCAUGUGCCUGGGAAUGACCUUGAUCUUGACAUAUGUUGUAGAGGUCACUCUUCUGAGUGACCUUUUAAAGAUUUUAACCGUCGGACGUUGUUUAUUAAAAAGGUAUUAACAAUAGAAGUUGCAAAAAAUGAAUGUAAUUUUUCAACACUACAUAUACAAAAACAUAGAAUUUGUAGGCUAGGAAGGUGCCUGCUGCUACUCUGAGUAACAUUCAAAAUGUUUUAACUAGCGCUCAUUAUUUGUUAAAAAGUUAUUCACAAAAAAAAAGUACAUUAAUAUCAACACCGAAUAUAUUAAGUGUAAUAUGUAAACGGUAAGCGUAAUUUUUUCUAACCAUUUAGUUUUCAUAGAGACACGUACUCACGUGCGUGCGUGCGUGCGUGCGCGCUAGGGGCAGGCACCUUCCUAGUCUACAAAUUUGAUAUUUUUGUAUAUAUGGUGUCGAAAAAUUACAUUCAUUUUUUGCAACUUUUUUUGUUAAUAACUUCUUAACAAAUAACGUCCGACGGUUGAAGCUUUUUUAUGUUAUUCAGGACGAUAACCUCUACAACAUAUAUCAAGGUCAAGAUCAUUGGAGCUGACUCCCUUUUUAUCAAUAUUUAUCUUUAGUAUUAGCCUCCCACUAAUUCGUGGACAAGUGGCAUGAUGUAAUACUCAAGCAUUCACGAGAAAUUUGAAUCGAAAGUUUUUCAUGCACCUUCUAUGCCGAAUUAGCGAAGGUGUUUAACAGAUACCGGCGUAGCGAAUAAGGCGCAGGACUAGCACGUUGCGCGUUGCAUGUUCAAAUUCUGAUUUUUCUAAUUUUUUUUCUUUAUCUACAUUUCCAAAAUAUGUGAAGACAUGUGAAGUAAAAAAAUUAUUAUUUAAUAAUUAAAUUUAAUAUUAAUAUUUUAAAUAUAUUUUAUAUUCACAUACUUUAACGCCUGUAAUCAUAUGAAUUGUAUUGAUUCUCAAUACAAUUAAAGACUCCAAAGCCAUUUUUAAAUUUAAAAAUUCUGCAAGAAAUUUUAUUUUUACAUUAUGUUACAUGACUAGUCAGUACUACUUUUCUAUUACUAUGGAAGUUUUUCUGUUGUCAAAAAAUCGAUUAUGAGGCAGCUAUAUCUGCCACCUGCGAAAACCUUUAUUUUCUAUCUGGUAAAGGGGGUAGAGACACGGGUAGCCCUUGCUUUAAAUUUGGCUGUUUGGUUCACUCCAUUGUCAGUCAAGCAGUCGUUUAUAACGUGUUAUAUAAUCCAAAUUAAUGACUGAAAGGAGUAGUUUUUUUAAUGUAAAUAACAUCUGCUUUUCUUUAACAAAUUUGAAAAAAAAAAACAUAUAUUUGGAAGCUUUAUUCAAUGUGCUUCGUGUAAAGCAACAUUGUGUUUCAAAUGUUUUUUUGAUGAUUUUCAUCCAAAAAUUUGUACACUUUUCAAACAGGAUUCCAAAGAGAAUUCCGAUACAUGAAAAUAAAGUAGAUUUAAAAAUGAUUUUGGAGUCUUUAAUUAUAUUGCGAAUUGAUACUAUCCAUAUGGUUACAGAUGUUAAAGUAUGCGAAAAUAAAAUAUUACAUUUAAAGUAUUAAACAUUAAAUUUAAUAAUAAUUAUUAUAUAUUAUUAAAUUAUCAAUUAUUAAAUUUAUAAAUUAUUUAAUAAUUAUUUAAUUUUUUUACUCCAUAUGUGUUCACAUAUUACAAUAUUUUGUAAAUGUACAUCAGAAAGAAAAAAAAUCAGAAAAAUUAAGAUUUGAACAUGCAAUGUUUUAGUCCUGCGUCUUAUUCGCUGCGCUACGCUGCUACCUGCUAAUCUCUUUCGCUAAUUCAGUAUAGAAGACGCAUGAGAAAAUUUCGAUGCAAAUUUCUCGCGAAUGUUUGAGUAUUGCAUCGUGUCACUUGUCCACGAAUUAGUGCGAGGUUAGUACUAAAACAUAUCUGAAGUUGAACGAAAUCCAUGAGUACCUAGCCCUUCGCUUGUAAGACCGUAUAUUGAAUAUAAACAUUCAUGAACUUAUUUUAAUACUACAAAGAGAACGACACCUUUGAAUGUCCGAUAGAGUUAUUCUGAUUCUUAUCAAUGAUAUUAUCGUAUCAGUGACGACUUCUGAGUAUGUGAAAAACAUAAUUUUCAAAAUAUAGACAUUUUAGUUUAACAUAUUAGUUGUUCCGGUUAGUUUUGAUGGAUUUUGUGUAAAAAAGAAACACGUAUAUUUUAGAGAGACAUUAAAUUAUUUUAAUCAAAAUAUUUUCCACCGUUAGCUACAACUUUUUCCCACUUUUCUGGCAAUAAGUGGAUUCCGCGAUAAAAGAAAUGUUCGUCUUUCGAAGCAAUCCAUUCAUCGAGCCAUUUCUUUAUUGCAACAUAUGUUUUGAAAUGCUGAUUAGUAUCGCUGCAUCGACCGAAAUAAGUAAUAAUCUGAAGGAACACAGUCUGGUGAAUACGCGGCGUGUGGUAAGACUUCCCAUUGAAAUUCCGAUAACAUAUCUUUAACUGCUUUUGCAACGUGUGGUCGAACAUUGUCGUGCAACAAAACUUGCAUCACUUUGCGUUUUCUUUGAGCUAUUAUUCGACGUUUCUGGUUCAAAGCACGAUUCAAAUCGAUUAAUUGUCGUUGAUAAAGCUCAGCAGUGACUGUUUGAUUCGGUUUCAGCAGCUCAUAAUACACGAUGCUCUUCAUGUUCCAUCAAAUGCAUAACAAAACUUUACUUUCGUGGAUAUUGAGAUUUGGAGUCGAUGUCGACCGUUGGCGAAUUUAUCCACGAUCUUUUACACUUAGGAUUGUCAUAGUAUAUCCAUUUUUCAUCGCCAAUUACAAUUUGAUACAAAAAUUGCUUCUUUUUGUGACGAGAAAGCAAUGAAGUGCAAAUGGUUAAACGAUUCUGAAUAGCCAAUUUAGACAAUUUGUGUGGAACCCAUUUGCCUUCUUUUUGAAUCUUUUUCAUUGCGUGUAAACGAUCAGAAACGGUUGAUUUACCAACAUUUAAUGUUGUAGCUAAUUCUUGAAGUGUUUGAACUGAGUUUUCAUGCAACAAUGUCUGCAAUUCGGCAUUUUCGAACUUUUUUAAUUGACCUGAACGUUCUUUGUCUUUCAAAUCAAAAUCACCAUUUUUAAAUCGUCGAUACCAGAACUCACACGUUUUAACUGAUGGAGCAGAUUCAGAAUAAGUUUCUGAGAUGAGCUUCGGUAGCUGUUUUCUUCGAAUCAAAGCAGUAAAAUAAUAGAUGCCGAAGAUCUUUAUUACGUUCCAUGUUUAGUUGUACUAAACAAUGUGUUUAUGUUUACGAAUGCACAGAACAUGUCAAUUUGUUUGUAGAGAUGUCCUAGCUUUGAUAUAACGUAUCCAUUUUCAAAAUGUUUCCAGUAGAUUUGUAGUCAUAGCCAUCUACAGUAAAUCCUCAAAACUAACCGGAACACCUAAUAUUACAAAAAGAUUAUAAUUAUUGGAAUUGGAUACGAAUCUUUCACAAUUAAAUUAUUCACUUUUCUAAAAUCAACACAAAAACAACUACCGUCAUCCUUUUUUUAACUAAAACUGCAGGAGACAUCCAUGGACUAGAAGAUCCAAUUUUCAGUGCGUUCUACUUUAAAAAUAAUUAAAAGACAAGAGAUUUUCCUAAACUAUGAAAAACAGAAAUGACAACAGUAAGAAAACCUCAAAGGAGUCAGAACACAACGAAAGUCAACUCCCUUAGGCAUUCUAAUUAAGCAAGCAAAAGAAACUCGAUUACUACAAUGUCUAACUUUCAGGAAACCAAAAUAGGAAAUUGUUUAUAUUUCCAUAUAUGCUUAACCGUUAUAGUUUACAUAAUGACGAGUUUCAUAAAAAAUAUAAUUUCCACGAAUUUCUUCCUGACUUUUAAACAUAAUUUUCUACAAACAUAAUUUUCUACAAUAAAAUGCAUUAUAAUUGUUACUUAUUCUUGUCUUCUAUACUAAAUAUAAGACGACUAAUGAAUGGAUACAGAAUAAAAUAUAAAUUUAAUCGAGAUUACCAAACUAAAAUUUCAAAUAAUAGUUUACAUACUGUCUUUAUAACACUGAUAAUUAAAUAAAAAUUCAAAAUGACUCUUUUGGGCAUCUGAGGUGAAUCAUGAAAUAGUCAAUACCAUCGAUCUCUUCCGUUACUUUUUCAGUGCGUUCUACUUUAAAAAUGAUUAAAAGACAAAAGAUUUUUCUAAAUUAUGAGAAAUAGAAAUGACAACAGCAAGAAAACCUCAAAGGAGUCAGAACACAACAAAAGUCAACUCCCUUAGGCAUUCUAAUAUUAAGUAAGCAAAAGGAACUCGAUUACUACAAUGUUUAACUUUCAGGAAACCAAAAUAGGAAAUCGUUUAUAUUUCCAUAUAUGCUUGACCGUUAUAGUUUACAUAAUAACGAGUUUCAUAAAAAAUAUAAUUUCUACGAGUUACUAUCAGAGUGCAAUGCUUUAUAUAAGAAAUAAGCCUUUAUUUAAUAUUAUUUGCUUAUUCCAUCGUCGGUUCCUUUACGUGGCAAUAAGAUGUUGCAUUGAAUAGAAGAAUCAGUAACCUCGAUUCUGUUUGAAUUUAUUAUUAAAUUUGAUCGAAGUGCAUUAAUUGGUCAAAUCUUGGAUUACAUUCCGAUAUCCUUCUUUUACGCCGUGGUCGAGUGAAACGACCUUCGAGGUAUCCAGAUACGGAAGGCCACCUGCAGGAAGCUCUCUCGCGAAGAACGCGCCGCUGCCACGGCGUGAACUCGCCAGGUUUCUUCCGAAUGCGCCUACAGUGCAUUGUGUUGCAGCUUCGAGGAGGGCAAGUCGGACAAGGAGAUCCUGGACAACUUGCUGCUGUCGGCGCGUUACGACAAGCGGCUUCUGCCCCCGGUCCAAGGUACACUGAGGCCCCCACCCCACAUCCGUCAAGAUGACUACACCCUUGACCUCGUACCUAAAGACCUUGACUAUCCAGAGCACCUCGAACAUCAUCGGCACCGCUACCACCACACAGCACCACACAACCACAGCUCACUGCUCACCCCUCGUCGUAAGGGUACUCUCUAUAAAUCUUUCGACCUGUUCGAAAAUAUGAGAGGAAGGAAGUGCGAAAGGAAUAUACAUAGAAAGGCGAUAAGAAAACGCGGCCGAGAAAGCGAAACGCGAUUCAAGUGAGAGGAGAUGCUGAUUUCUGCUGCGGAAUGAGAUGGCCUGGUGACACCACCGGCUUGACAAACCGGUCGUCGACCUUCUCUAACGACCCCAAGAACCAGAACAAAAACCACUACACGCCGCACCAAUACCUCCGCACUCACCUUCGCGGAACCUUGACUGUGAACGUAAGCGUGUUGCUGUUAAGUUUGGCUUCUCCUGACGAAUCCAGCUUGAAAUACGAGGUGGAAUUUCUACUGCAGCAACAGUGGUACGAUCCGCGAUUGCGUUAUAGCAACAGAUCCAGAUAUGAGUUUUUAAAUGCGAUUCAUCAUUAUGAGGAUAUUUGGUUACCGGAUACGUAUUUCAUAAUGCAUGGAGAUUUCAAGGACCCUAUCAUCCCCGUUCAUUUUGCCCUCCGGAUAUACCGCAACGGCACCGUCAACUACCUUAUGCGGCGUCACCUUAUCCUAUCCUGCCAGGGUAGACUUAAUAUCUUCCCCUUUGACGACCCAUUGUGUUCAUUCGCAAUUGAGAGCAUAUCGUACGAGCAGACAGCGAUUACAUAUGUGUGGAAGAACGACGAGGGUACGUUGCGAAAAAGCCCAAGCCUAACAUCACUGAACGCGUAUCUCAUUAAGAAUCAGACAAUCACAUGUCCGAUCAAAGUGAGCUGGCGAGCUGAUGGACAGAUCAUGGUCGACUACGAGGACCAGUUCGAUGAAUUUGGAGACUCUAAGUGCUCGCUGUGCCAGCGCAGGUUUGAGGAGCAAGGUAAUUACAGCUGCUUGAAGGUGGACCUGAUCUUCACGCGGGAUCGCGCCUUCUACUUCACUACAGUUUUCAUCCCCGGCAUUAUUCUGGUAACCAGCUCCUUCAUCACAUUCUGGCUCGAAUGGAAUGCCGUGCCAGCGCGAGUUAUGAUCGGUGUAACAACGAUGCUCAACUUUUUCACCACGUCGACUGGCUUCCGGGGGACGCUGCCCGUCGUUUCGAACUUGACUGCCAUGAACGUGUGGGACGGCGUGUGCAUGUGCUUCAUCUACGCGAGUCUUCUCGAAUUCGUCUGUGUGAAUUACGUCGGUCGCAAACGGCCGAUGCACAACGUUGUCUAUCGUCCGGGCGAGAAUCCCGUCACCCAGCGGCUCCCAGCGGUGCUCAGCAGGAUAGGAAUAAUAUUGGCCAGCCCCUUGAAGCGGGAGGGUGGAGCUACUACCGGUGGAGCUACUGGACCGAACGAGAUCGUCACCUGCACCAAUUGCGGACCUAAUCCCUGCACGCACACGGCAACGAACGGUUGCACCGCCGAGUUGAGAAAAAAAGAGCCACCGCAUCCAAUUAGAGUGGCGAAGACGAUCGACGUGAUAGCCAGGAUUACUUUUCCAGUCGCCUAUUUCGUGUUCCUCACUUUCUUCUUCGUUCACUAUAAAGGCAUCUCGUAGAGUGGCACACAACGAUCAUCGAGAGAUCUCAUCGCCGGUGUGAGCGACAACGAAGCCUCGCGAUAGGCGACAACGAUGCUUGGGUUGCGUGAAUCGGAUCUACGGUGGGUUCCAGCUUUUCCAGUGAAAACUGAAGAUGCCGUCUUGAGAAGACACGGUGACGAGGACGCCGAUAAUCGUGAGAGCUCACGUCGACCGGAUCUCCCCAAUGAACGCGAAAAGCGACAACGCGCGACUAAGCCAGGAGUAGCAAAGUCGGAAUUUCCGACGGGAAGUUGCGAUCGUCGCUCGAUCGUUACGAACGAGUAAGAUCAAACGAAUUAGUCGUAACAAACAAGCAUACUUGACGCGUAAGGAUUUUCCCGACAAGAGAAAGAGUGAGCCGAUAAUUCGAGAAUGUUGGAGGGCGCGGCGUAAGAAAAAAAAGGUGAACCCACGGUGGACUCGCGUUCGCGACUAUUCUCCAUCUUCUCUCACGUGUGAUAGUUCUUGAAAGCACUUUCUUGCGGAAAAAGUAGAUUCGCAAUCGCUCGACCAUGUGCAACAACGUACAUACACUUUUCUCCAUUUCUUUUUUCUUUCUUAUACUGAGUAGAUAGAAAAAUAGAUAGGUAGGUAGUUAAGUAGAUAGGUAAUUAGAUAGGUAGGGUGCCGCCAGCGAAGCUUCGGCCAAGCAGAGAAUAAUGCUUAGCUUAGUCGAUGAUGAUCAAACGUAUUAACGUAAGACAUUAUACCUUACCACGUAGCACGGUCAACAGAAAUGUCGUUCGUGCACGCCGCUAAUUCGUGAUCCGCGUUCUGUCGGUAUCGAUCCUUGACUCGUUGUGUCGCGUAUUUAACUCGCCGAAGGUCGCCAUGAGAUGUACGAUAGAGUGGCGUCUGCGUCGCUUGUGUAACCGGAGAUUGAGUAGAAUGAGCAAAUUUGUCGAAUGCGAAAUAAAACAAUUCGUGUCAAGAGAGGUAGAGAGAGAGAGAGGAGAAGGAGGAAGAGGAGAAGGAGAGGGGAAGGGUAAUUAUAGGAUGUCUCGCGCAAUGUGACUUUUUCACUCAUCGUAAUAAGUGUUGGGGAAUAUCGAAGACACGCAGUGCGAACGAAUAUUGCGAUAGCCAGUUGAUUAUGGAGCUUUCAUUGUAAUGUACUUACAAGUAAGUUAACGGUUUAUUUUUACGUAAAAUAUCCUGUACUUGGAUCGGAUAAAUGCCAAUAUACGAAAAACUGUUAAGAGAACAAAGAGUUUAUCUCUUCCUGCCGGUACACACAUUUACGACUAUAUGUCGAAGUGAAAAAAAAUUGUCGUCAUCAGCGCGAUGAUGUGCCGGAACGUAAAGUGUUGCGGACAAUUCGUUCUUUAUAAAUGUAAAGAAUAUAGGAAAGUAGGAAAAAAGAAAGAAAGAAAGGGAGAGAGAAAUCGGUUUGGACGGCGAAACGCUGAUAACGUUGUCAGAGUAAGAAAUAAGUAGGUCGGUCUACGUGCGACGACGCGCCGCGGAGGGCACUAUCUACCUUGAUAUUACUGAAAGUAAUAACAUUGCUAUACAUUGUGCUUUUUGAGACACGCCGAUGAAUUGUGUCUACAAUAUGUUGAGCGUCGACUAAUUUGAAAUCUCUGCGUGUAGUCCGCAUACUAUUAUUAGGUGCAACGUCGCUAUGCUAUUACUAUCGUUAUAAUUAUUACUAUUACUACUACUACUGUUAUUACUACUAUUACUACUACUAUUACUACUGCUGCUACUAUUACUAUUACUACUACAACUUUUAUUAUUACUGCAAUUAAUAUUAUACUAUUAUACUAUUACGAUUGCUAUUCUACUAUAUCGUAUUACAGCUAAUAUUACAAGUUAUUGCUAUAUCUGUAAUAUUACAGAUUUUAGUAGAAAUUGGAUGCGUCUACUACGCUCGUACUAUUUGUACUGAUUGAGAGUCACUUAUUGUCCAGCAAUAUUAAAAAUCCAGCAGACCAAAAGAAACGCGAGCCAAACAUAUAUAAACGGGUGUCUUCUCGAUAAUCGUGACGAUCGCUCGAGAUUCAGUAAUACAUGUAGGUGUAACGUUUAAUUAUAAAGACACGCGAGUCUCGCUGUCGUCACUGCGAGAGACGCGUGCAUACGAUUUUUUCGAUAUAUUGAGACACGUGGACACGGACACAAGCGCACGCACGCACGCACGCACACACGCGUACAUACGGACGACGAACAUGCGUUCAGACUCAAAAGACGUAUGAGGAUCGAUAUCUUUGACGACGAUUAACACUAAUUUCUAGUCACCGUAUUUCUUGUGUUGGAAAAAACGAUUUCAACGAUAUUUAAUUCUCAUUCAUUUUAUUUUUAUAAAUUCCGACUUCUUAUGCCUUUUUUAUUUAAUAUUUGUACUAUAUUCAUGACAAUUGUGUAUUCUUUAAGUUUCUUUGAGUGAAAUUUCAUGUAAAAUGAGUGAAAAGUGAAGUAUUUUUCGAAGCAAUAGUGAAAAUAUUGCCACACGAAAUCGCAAGAGUGAAUUUUUUACUCAGACUCAGAGAUUUCGACUGCACAUGAGCGAAUGCUUCAAUCAAUUGGAAGGGACAUAUGUUCCUGUGACAGUGGAGUACAUUUACGGCCAGACAGGUCAAAUAUAACCGCUAUUUUUUAUGUGAAUAUUAGAACGUAUCGUCUUGUCCAAUAGGAAGAUCUGAAAAAAAUUUUCUCAUUUAACAAAACGGACGCGUUUUGAAGCGUAUAUAAAAAAUAGUGAAGGAUUUAUUUGACUGUGAAUGUACAUCGGACUCAUUAUUUAAUUUUCAAUGAAAUUAUUCAAAAUAAUUCGGAGUGGGGAAUUCACUUUGUAUCAGAAAUCAUUUGAAUUCUAAUGACUUAGUGGUCAUUCUACUUUUCGAGUGAAAUUUUAUUUCAGAAAAUUUAGAAACGAAGCUACUUAGUAAAUUGUAGUUAUCGUUAAGCGACGCCGAAGAAAUCAAGCCUGAACGACAAAUACUCAUUAAUACAGAUCUCGUCUGACAACUGACUGCCAAAAAACUUUCAUUGGUAAGCAUGUAUAUUUCUCUAAUUUCGAACACUCGUAUCGCACGUAACGCAAACAAAUAAAGCAGGAUUGUCUUCUGGAAGAUUGUGCGACAAAAUAUCGGUAUCAUCGUCGAUGAAAUGCCGAAUUCGAGGUUUAAUUAAAACGCGGCUGAACCCUUAAAAAUGCAUUCGCUUGCCAUUCGGCAAUGUUUGCGAUGUUAUCGAUUUUUAGAAAAGGACGAAAAUAAAGACAGGCGGACAAUGUCGCGACUUGGCUGUAUUUUAAUUUUAUAAGAAAUUAUUUAAAUACACAAUAGCCGGCGCGUUGUGUCGUUAGCGACCUUAGCGAUAUGAGGAACGAAAAUGAAGUAACCGAAGCUAGUGUCGCAGCCUUUUAAUAAAUAAUUGAUAUUAUUUGUGUAUUUCUGCGAAUUGCCUACAAAUUUAUUGUGGCGGCCUUAAAAAUAAAUCUCAUAUUUUCCUAAGAUUAUACGGAAAUCGUCAUUGAAACCGAUUUUAAAAUCUUCAAAAGAGCAAAUGGAAUAACGCGUGAGAGAAAAUGAGUGAGAAUGAGAAAGAGAAAGAGAGAGAGAGAGGGGGGGGAUAGAGAGGGGCGAUUUGGUACUUAACGAAAGAAUUUUUGGAUGUAUUCGCAUGAAAACCAUUCGUACACGUAUGAAUAUCGCAGUUCUUUCAGGAGGAUCCCACGAUGUAAUAAAAUGUAAAUCACGCAAUAAUAUUAAUUCUUUGAAUGUAAGGUUGGACAGAUGCAAAGAAAAAAAAGGAAACAAAAUCGUCUUCAGCACGAUUUUUUUUAAAUAAACGGAGAGACAUUACUUUCCUUUUUCUAACGAAAAAAUAUAUGGGCGGAAGGAAAGGACGGGUAAUAAUAACAUUUGUUUCUUGUUCUCUACGCGUACAGGCGAGAUAUAACAAGAUGCAACGAUAACAACGCAUCGCAUUAGCGACAAUAAACACCGAGAAGAUUGUAGCACAGCUCGAAAUGAAUAAUUUUGUUUAGUGAAUAUGUAAUCAGCGAUCUCCCCAAUUUAAAACUUGCAAGACGCCGGUUCUAUUUCUAAUUAGCGCAAAACAAUAAGGAAGAAGUAUAAAAAAGAUCGCAGAAAAGAAAAUAAAUUUUCUUUGUCUUAAAUUAUAGAUAAUUUUUCAAUAAUAAUAACAAUUAGGAUAUCUGUCAUCAAUGAUACAUGUGCUCAUUGCACCGUAAGGACAAAGCAACGUUGCUUUUGAUUUCCGCUACGAUGCCUCCGAUUUACCCGUUUCGUAAUGAGUCAUCCUAUACAAUUAUCGUACGUAUAUAUCUGAAGUUACACAGUCGCGCGGAUUCUAUAUGCGUGAUAAAAUAUAUUUAGGCGAUAAUCACUUUUUAUAUAGAUCUAUUUCGUCCUUUGAUGAUUAGCUCGGCUCUUAGCUCCGCAACUACCGGGCCACACGCGCGUUAAAUAAUCUCACCGCAAUUCUCAUGACUCACGGUGCGUCGUGAAUAUUACUUGACUGUCUUCGCCAUGAAUAAGUCAUAGACUUACAUACAUAGACUGCACUUUCUUAUGGGAGAUUUUAAGAAAAGAUUUGAAGGACAACUAUAUUACCCUUCCACUAUCCAUAAAUAUUCCGUCUAACUUGACUCCUAUUGGAGAAAGAUAGACCAAAUGCCCAAUAGGAGUCGAUCUAGAAAAAGAUCGAAUGUCUACACAAACAGGACACCUUUUCUUGACUCAAAUCUUUGUAGACUCUUGUGGAAUGAUCUAGUUAUGUAUAUAAUUAAGUCUAUUAUAUAGGAUGGGAAAAAAAUAACGAUAUCCCUAAAUAAGUCGGAAAAUAUAAGUUUUAUAGAAAAAUGUUUCAGAUAAAAGUUGUAAGGUUUAAAAGAUCUAUUCAAUAGUAAUAUUUAUUUGACCUUGGGUGACGCCGCCAAGGUUAGGUCGAAGUCAACUUUGCUUUUUUAAAUAGAAACGUAUUUUUCAUUAUGGAAUUUUAUUCUACGUGGUAAAACUCCUGUUAGAGGACCCCCCUCAGAUGACCUUGACCUUGACAUAUGUUAUAGAGAUCACCCUCCUGAGUGACCUUCUGAAAGUUUUAGCCAUCGCUCGUUGUUUGUUAAAAAGUUAUUAACAAAAAAAUUU